GGUUUUAACAGUGUGAAAAUACCUUCCAACAGCCAUGGUGGAUAAAGACGAGACCAGUGACACUGACAGUGGGAUCAUUCUCAACUCUGGUCCCGACAGCCCCACGUUGCCAGUCAAGGACCUGACCACCCACACCCGGGCCAUGAGGCUGAAGCACCAGGCUCUAGAGAACAGGCUCGAACUGUGUCUACUGGACCUCAAGAAGCUCUGCAUUAGAGAGGCUGAGCUGACAGGUAAGUUGUCUUCAGACUACCCCCUACUUCUUGAUGAGAAGCACCCUCGUGUCCAAAGGAGGAUAGGAGCUACCUUCAAACUGGAUGACAGUCUCAUCCACCAGGAUGGAGAGGAUUCAGAGCUUCAUUCCUUAGAGGCAGACCUGGCCUUGCAGCUCCAGAUCGUUGAAGCGACCCGUAGACUCUCAGUGGAGGAGCAUCUGUCCAAACCACAGAAGAAGAGCAGGCUGCAGCAGUGUAAGAGGGAAGAUAGGAAAGUUAAGGAUCUCCAGGAAGCCGUGUUUCAGCACAGGAUCAGAAACGAGUGCUCCUCUCCACCGACCAACAGGAACAACAACACAACCAAACACAGAGAUCUGUGCAUGUCUGACGACAGCUCCCUGUCUGAUGCAGUGGCCCUGGACGAUGACUCUCUCUCUUCCUCAUCAUCUGUAGACCCACUCAUACAGUCCUCUGUGGGCUCCCUGUCCCUCCAGUCCUCCUCCUCCCAGGGCAGUCUCCAUCACACCUCAGCCCAGAGCCAGAGCCUCGGCUCCAGCUGCAGUGUGAAGCAGACCCAGACCUCCAGUAUGGGCUCCAGCUGCAGUGUGGAGUUUCCUGAGCGCUCCCCCAUCCAGAACUCCCCCUGGAGAGAGUCUAAUCUGGACCAGCCCUAUCUGAAACCUAACACACCUCUCUCUGUCUGCAGCAGCAGGCCCAGAAGUCCAGUAGGGACCCCAGUAGGGACCCCAGUGUUCCCUGCAGACAGCAGAGUCCUGCCCUCCCACUUCCCCUCCAUUAAGAACCUUGCUCUGAGACAUGGACAGAUCAACUCCUCCAGCGCCCCCUCUACUCCAGAGCUGCACGUACGCAGACAGUACUCCCUGUCCUUCAGGCUUCCCAGAAGUAAGCCCACUCAUGACCUGGGUGAGGGACGUGGGAGAGCCAGGUUGCCACGCCGACGGCCAGAGUUCCUGGUUCGGUCUCCACAGUACACCCCCCAGCGUCUGUACCAGUCCAGCUCUGAACACUCUGUCCCAUCCUACACCAGCCCCCAGCGACUGUACCAGUCCAGCUCUGAGGACAGCAGCUCUGAACACGCUGUCCCCUCCUACACCAGCCCCCCCAGCCGGGACACGGACAGAGAUAAUCACAAAGACAGGGAGGGCCCCGCAUCUCCCGUGAUCCCCAAGUUCUGCCCUCCUCCCUAUGGCUUCCACUACAGAGCCCAAAGUCCCACCAGCCCUGCGUUGAAUGGCUCCAGCUUUCACAAGAAAAACAACCAGCACCGGUCCUCUCCCAGCUUGAGAAGAAGAAUGGCAGAGGAAGGCACCUGUUCCCCUCUUUCCCCACAGGACCAGGGCAGUCCCCUGGGGAAGGGUCUUUACCUGUCCCCCUCCCGGCCCCCCCAGCCACAGCAGCAGCACAGACACUGGCAGCAGGGGCCCCCACCGUCAUCCCCUAGGAGAGUUCUGAAGCCUCCACCCCCCUACACUCGCCUGGUACAUACCCCGUCACUGAGGGAGUACCCCAACCAACCUGUCCGGGUGUUGCCCAGGGAGAUGUCGUCAGACGAGCUCAAGUCCUGGAACCAGUUCCAGAAGUCACGUCCGAGUUCCCUGGAAGGCCAGGGGUCGUUCAGAGUGAAGAGCCCCACGUCCCCUCACCUCCCGCCCUACCUGCAGGGUCCCCACCAGAAGCGGAUCCUUCAGAGGGCUGCAGAUGGAACUCCUAUACAGUGGUUUGUUGAAGAGGACUCGGAGAUCGUCAGCCAGGUGUAACCACAGCCAUAUACAGUAUAUGGUACACAAUAUAUAUCUAUAUCUAUGCAGUAUAUGUCUCUGGUUGUAACCAGGGGGAGUUGCCCUACUGUAGUAUAUGUCUCUGGUUGUAACCAGGGGGAGUUGCCCUACUGUAGUAUAUGUCUCUGGUUGUAACCAGGGGGAGUUGUCCUACUGUAGUAUAUGUCUCUGGUUGUAACCAGGGGGAGUUGUCCUACUGUAGUAUAUGUCUCUGGUUGUAACCAGGGGGAGUUGUCCUACUGUAGUAUAUGUCUCUGGUUGUAACCAGGGGGAGUUGUCCUACUGUAGUAUAUGUCUCUGGUUGUAACCAGGGGGAAUUGCCCUACUGCAGUAUGCUAUGCUACACACAAGGAGGGAAGGACUUUCUCGAGACUAUUGAGUAUGUCUGUAUUUUUUGAGUCAAUGGACUCUCUGUGAGAUUAUAUGUCCCUGGUGAGGGACAACUGUCCUCGACAAAAUGAAGAAGAUCUUGACUCCAUGGGUAGUAGGGUACCGUGAUAUGUAUCUAGCUCAACCACUAUUUUAUCUAAUGCUUUAUGCAAAGCAAGUUUGACAUUUCUAUAUAAAGGCACUUUGCCAGUUAAUUUAUUUAAUUUAAAAUUAAGUUAUUAUUAUUAUUAUAAGGUGAAUCAAUUAGAUUAUUUUCUUCAGGUUAAAUAUGAUAUGUUUUUGUAGCAAGUUUCAUACAUUUGUUAAUGACUAUAACAUAUCAAGAUAGCUUACUGUAGAAGUUACGUGUCUUACUGUAGAAGUUACGUGCCUUACUGUAGUAUUUACGUGCCUUACUGUAGAAGUUACGUAUCUUACUGUAGAAGUAACGUGCCUUACUGUAGAAGUUACGUGUCUUACUGUAUAAGUUACGUGUCUUACUGUAUAAGUUACGUGUCUUACUGUAUAAGUUACGUGCCUUACUGUAGAAGUUACGUGCCUUACUGUAUAAGUUACGUGUCUUACUGUA